AUGGGCAUCUCGGCUGAGCGAUACCAUGAAGUGUGGGGGUCACUUAGUGGCUCCUUGGAGCACCGAGCGACUCAUUACUACAGCAGCACCGGUGGUCCCGCAGUGCAAACAGGGCUACUACAGUGA